AUGUUCUCGAACUCCGAUUCUCACGUGGGGUUCCAGACCGACUCCGGAGGUAGGAGUACCAUGGACAUCAUCGCCACGUGUACUUCAACCCUCGUCUCCUGUGUAUAUUCUUCCGUGCAUUUCGACGUACCGCAUGGAACUUCACAUAGGCUUACUUUCUUCGAGAAGAUCCGAUCCAAGGAGUUCUGGCUCGAGUUAUACGGUAAAUUCUCGUUUUGGCUCUUGGGUCUGCUUGCUCCGGAGAUGCUUGUAAUUCAUGCGUAUUACGAACAUAUGAUCGCACGCGAGGACGUUAUUUGGAUGAAACGACACGGUUAUCCAGAUUGGAAGAUGGUGCACGCUUUCUUCGCAGACAUGGGUGGAUUUACAGUUGAAGACGGAGAAAGGCCGCACUCUGGGUACGAGCUGCACAAGAUGCUUUCUCGAGGCGAAGUUCCAGGGAUGAUCGACUGUAAAGAACUUGAAUAUGACAUUGCGGAUAGAACAAAGGUGGAUAUGCUCUUCAAAUUGUUCACCAUCCUGCAGGUCUGCAGAUUCUUCGCCGAAACCAUCUGGAGACCUAUUGUGUCGCUCCCAGUUUCGCCUCUCGAGAUUGUCACAUGUGCGUACGUGAUGUGUACGCUCAUGUAUUACUCGCUCUGGCUUUACAAGCCAUACAAUGUGAACGAGCGCAUAGUCGUGCGAUCGAAGCCUGGUUUGCGUAGAACUUGGAUGCUGAAAGAGACGACGCAGCCCAAGAACGAGCACACAAAAUAUCGCUUCUGCUCCGUACGCUACCUGUUGGAUAGUCUCUCGUCGAUUUUUCUUGAACCUCGGUUGAGCGAAGAGGAUCGAUUGGGUGGGAGCAAGAAAAUGUAUCAAUCCAGCCCGUAUAUGCAAGAAGGCUCUGUAAUUGCUGCUAUUGCGGGCUUUCUUGUUGGACUCGCCCAUCUUUCAUCCUGGAACGUAGAGUUUCCGGACAGCAACGGACAGGCUCUAUGGAGAAUCUGUAGCAUUGCAGUAACCGUCCUACCAUUGAUUGCGGCGGGCUCCAUAUAUGGAGCUGCUAUGGUUCGCAGGGACUUGGUAACCGAACUGAUGAAUUUGACUGUUUUGACUCUCUCAGUGACGUAUUGCACAGCAAGACUUAUCCUGUUCAUUCUACUCGGAUAUUCAUUCUGGAGCCUGCCAGCUGGUGUGUACGAUACGAAGCCCCUCGGAUGGUUGAAUGACAUACCGUUCUUCCACUGAGAAUACAAGUGAUGACUUGUACUGAGCCGGAUACUACCCACAUCACC